ACGACACUAACCAACAACGACGACACACAUUCAUUACCACGCCGAUCCCGACGAGUACGCUACAGUCCUAAUAAACGGCCAACGCGUGGGCUUGGGAGGAAGAAUAGGAAGAAAAGCGCAAGGAUAGGCCAAACCAAUUCUCCAACACAGCUCUAAUUGCCGGAAUUUCGCAUCAGUACGAAUUCACAAAAUGCGAUCUCUUGUACUUGGGGCUCUCCCGAGAGCUCGAGGCUGCAAUGUCGCAGCGACAACCACAUCUACAUUCAAAUUGUGGGCUACAACAAGAACAUUCACGACCCUCCCACGCCUACGCCCAACCAUCCUCUCCUCCUCCUCCAGCUGCAGCACCGUCUUCCGAUCCCCAAAUCUCUCGUCCGGCAGCAUUCUUACUCCCUUUACACCUGUCCCGUCAGCAGGAGGUGAAGCUACGGGAGUAUCGCUAGAUCUUGUACCUAAGACAGCUAUCACCGCACAUCCAGCGUUCGCGCAACAAAUGCGCUUUGGACCGCGACCGACGAUGGCCAGAUCGAGUCGAUUGAUUCGCAAACGAAGACAUGGGUUUCUAAGUCGUAUACGUUCACGAAAUGGUCAGAAGACAUUGCAACGUCGCCGCGAUAAGAAGAGAUCUGCGUUGUCGAGCUAAGCUGCUUGAUUUGUACAUACCUACAAGCUCACCGAGCCUAUGCAUUCUACAAAACCAGCUUCAUUGCUAGCGAAUAAUCCCAACUACGAUUAGAAUCCGCGACGAGGGUAUUGAGGGAUAACGGCAUUCCGAAAGUCCCGCGCUACUUCAGGAGACUACACGAUGAUGCGACAGGGAAGACGGCGAGUUAAAUCGAUGUGCCCGCCGUACGUACGUACCCUGCCUUAUAGCAGCCGUACGAAUGAGGAUGUAUCAUAUUGCACAUAGAACUGUAUAAUGCCCAAAAAAAAAAUCAUCUCCAGACUAGUCACUUGAAGUUAACCUCCCGUCAUGUAUUUCUAACUUGACCGUAUUCUAAGAAUACGCUGGGAACUAUAUCUAGACAUAAAUUUUACUGCAAACUCGCAACGGAGUCGCGAGCAUCGGAGGCAUAUCACCACAUCUACAUCUCACAGAU